CGUUCUAUAAUAGAAUUGGUAUAUUUCGUUUUAUGAAGCUCGCCGCCUUAGCGACGCUCUGAUUGGUUUUGAAUAUGCGGGGGUCUUUAGAAAUGGACGCUAAAUGUAGUUUUUCCGUUAUAGCAUGCUGUAUUUCCAUUUUUUAUCUCCAUUUGUUUAUAUAAAGAACGAAUUAUUUAUUAGGAAAAUAAUUUAUUAUAUUUACAAAUUAUCCUUACUUUUGAAAGGCCUAAGACGAAUAGAUUUUAUAAAAGAAAAUGUUUCCUUUUUCUAUUGCAUGAUCACUAUUUGUAUCGUAAACUAAAAAUACAUGAGUGCAUAAGAUUCUUUCUUUUUUAUUAUAUUUUUUAAUGAAUGGUUAUUAUGGAGAAAUAUCAGUAUAUGAGAGCAUUUAUAUCAGCUGCAUCGGAAUAUGCAAAACAUCCCAGUGAAACUACCAUAUCUGCUAUACAAAGAAAUCUUGGGGUCAUAAGCGUAUCAUUGGAUCUCAGCAUUUUUGAUCCUACAACUUCCAUAGCAGCUGAAUUUUAUGUCAGCUUACACGAGCUUAUGAAUUCUUUAGGAUCUAGAACAACAUUAAUUUGGAGUACUGUAGAUGUUCUACAGAAUGCUUGUCGAAAUACGAAUGCCAGACAAGCUCUUAUCCAUACUUAUAAAUUUGCUCCUAUAUUAGCACGAUUAUUGGAGGCCAACUUGACAAGCGAGAAGAGAAUACGUGUUUUGAAACUUCUACAGGAAUUAACUUAUGGUGUAAAAAUUUCUUGGCAAGAAGCACAUUUACCGUAUUUAAUAUCCAUUUUAACACAAUGGGUAAUGCAAGUAAAAGAAGAAGAAAUUGUUGCCCUUUCAUUAGGCGUACUUGUAAAUCUUUGUUACAAAAAUCUUGCAGCAGUUUAUACAUUAAUGCGUACCAUUGAUACUAAAACAUUUAUACGAACGUUACUAAAAAUUCAAAGCAAUAAUGUUAGUACAAGCGUUCCGUGUUGUAAACUUUUGAUUAUAUUGGAACAUACUAAUACAAAUAUCUCAGAAAAACAUAUAUUGGACUUUGCUGCUGUUACAUUUACAAGUUUAAUCAAUGCUCUUCAAAAAAAAGAUGUAUUAUUGUUAAGACAUAUUAUUGAUUUCUUUGAUGAUGUUGGUCAAAACGAACAUUCACGAACUAUACUGCUUACAUAUGCAAAUUAUAGUAAAGAUGUAGAACGAUUAUUGGCUACUUUAGAAUCUAAUUCUGAUCCAGAUUGUGUUGCACUUUUAAUGGAAUUUUUACUAUCAUUAGUAAAAUUAAAAGUGAUUGCUUUGAUUCCAUUAUACCCAGCAUGUGUAAAAUCAGCUAUGACAUGGGUACCUGUAGAACAAGUAUGUUCUAAGGCACUAGCACUCAUUAGGAUAAUUGUGAUUGAAUCACGCCGUACUAAGGUUUCUACAGAAGUUCUUACAGAACUAGAUCCAUCUGUGCUUAUGCUUAUAACUAGCACAAAGGAUGAUGAAAUACAAGAAAAAAAUGAACUGCAUAAUAUUGAGGCACAAGAAAGACUUGCUGAAUUGAUGCAAUUAUUCCAAGAAAUGGUGAAAAUUUCAGGACUUCGAUCAAAGGUGCUAAAGACAUUUAGUGAACAAGCAAUGCGAAAGUUGUUAAAACCAAUAUUGGAAUAUGAAGAAACUGCAAAUAGGGACUGGCCUGGAAAUCUUAUUCAAAAUUCAACAACAAAUCUUUAUAUACAUGCCUUAGUUUUAACAGCAGAUUUGGCAGCUAAUAAUUCAAACUGGUUGACAUUAUAUUCUGAAUUACUUCGAAAAAAACAAAUACAAAUGAUAAUGGCAUUAGCAUUAUUUACGGGUGAUGGAGAAAUUAAGCAAAAAGUUCUACAAUUAACAUCAUCUGUAGGUUUUCCACAGGAAUGUGUUGCUGCAGUAGCGCAAUGUAUGAGACAACUAGAACCUUUAGUUUUGGUACAAAGCAAUGCUAAUACUGUAACAGGAAUUGAAAUUAAACCCAGCAUUAAUUAUAAUGGGAAUGAAAUGGCUCCAUUAUUUUCAUUUGGCCAAGAGGAACGUCUUAAUACUUUUAUAAGCAAGCUUGAAACAGCUAUUGAGUCAAAUCAAAUAGGAGAUAUUACAACUUCUGCUGUGAUGGAACUGUACGAAUACAAAUUAGCAGCUAUGAGACACGCUGAAAGAGCCAUGCAGUCUAGUUUAGAGGCUGCAAAUAAUCAUGCCACUAGUUUGCAACAUCGAUUGGCGCAAGUAAUAGCAGAAUCUAGUCGUUUACAUCAAAUGUUAUUUGAUACUCAACAAUGCUUAGAAGGUAUAAAAGUCGAAAAAGUUGCAUUAACAACAAAACUUAAUGAAUCAGAAGAUCAAAUGAAGAAAAUACUUUCUGUUAAAGCACAAGAAAUUAACGGAUUAAGAAAAAUUGUAACUGAAAAAUCUGCAAAUAUCGACUUAUUGAACAAAACAUUAAUAGAACGUGUAAAAGAAGUGGAAACCUGUAUGAAUAAAAUUGAUACAUUAAAUAAAAAAGUAAUAGAAUUGGAGACUGAAUAUUCAGCUGCAGUAGCAAAUUCUACAGAAAUGACUAAUAAAAACCAUGAGUUAGGCAAACUUUUAUAUAAAAUGCAAGAUUCCAUUAACAAAAAAGAACAAAUAAUAGAAUUAAAAAAUAACGAAAUAGAAGCUAAUCAGAAAGAUAUAUCUGCAUUAAAACAAGAAAUUCAACAAUUAACCAAAUUGACUCAUUCUUAUGAACAAACUUUAGCCGAAAAAGAUCAGAAUAUACAGAGAAUGACUUCAGAAUUAACAGAUCUAAGUAGAAUGAGAGAUAUGAUUUUCGAACUUACUGCCAAAAAAAAAGAUGAUUUAAAUACAACCUAGCAGAACAAUAAAAUAAGGGAAUUUUAUAUAUGUGACCAAAAUAAUAUUGUUACAAAUUUAUUUCUUUUCUCUUAUUAGUUCUCCUAUAUUCAUAAAAUGACACUAUCUCCAUAAAGAAUUAUGUGUAAAAUACGAUUUUCAUAUUUUAUUAUCGGAUUUGCAAUAUGCUGCGCAUUUAAUAAUGUUUUUUACACUUAUGGAAACUCUAAAAAAUAUAAAACUAAUAUAGUUUGUAAAGUAUACUCUAUCCUUAAAGAAAACAAAAGAUCAGGAGUAUUAAGGAAAAAUAUUUGUAAAUAAUCAUUGUUACUAAUACACUUCAUUUAUUACAUGUCA